UGCAGGGGUUACUACAGAUGCAGCAGCUCCAAGGGGUGCCUAGCCCGGAAGCAGGUGGAGCGCAGCCGCAGCGACCCCAACAUGCUGGUUAUCACCUACACGGCGGAGCACAACCACCCAUGGCCAAUGCAGCGCAACGUUCUUGCUGGAUACGCUCGUGCUCACACGCACGCCGCUGCCAAGAAGCAGCAGAAGAUCAGCAGCAGUAGCUCCGCUGAUAAUGCCGCGAGCUCGUCCUCCAUCAACAGUUUCCACGUCGAGCAGAUCAAUCCGAUCUGCGGCGACCAGCUGCCCGUCAGUUGCAAGAUGCCGGAUAGCACGGCCACUGCCGGAGAUGGUGGUGGCCUGUUGUUUGAAGGCAUCCAGCCUGACGAGGUCUUUGCAGAGCUGGAGGAGUUGGAGACUCAUAAUAAUCCCGUGAUGACAAGUGCAAACGUCUACGGAUCCAGGGGGGUAAGUAGUAACUACGAGUGGCACAAAUUCUAAUCACGAUGCUUCUAGCUAAUCAAUCGAUCAGGGCGGCUGUGAUACAUAUAUGCAUGCUCGACUAAGAAGAUCAUACAUAUCUUAAAACGCAUGUUUUUUUCCUUUAUUUGUACAACAGGAUAACUAAUAUAUUUGUUUCCGCCAAUAUAUGAUGAUAAAACUAAGAGUGUA